UCAGAGCAAAUAAUGAUGAGAGAAAUCUGUUCAGACAGCUCUCAUCUUGAUAGGAAUUAGAGGCGCAUCCAAAUCAGUGGCAGGGUACUCUCUCAAACGCAUUCACAGCCUGUCGCCCACUAACACACACAAACACACACACAAACACACACAUCUACCCUUGUAUGUGUCUUCUUAAUGGGAUGAAAUUGUGUAGUAUUGGUUUUUUCUCCGUACUGAAGCCUGAUGAGGGACAAUGGCUCCCGUACACUAGAUGGUAUAUUUACAGUGGUCUCUUUUCAUGGCAAGGUUUAGUGUCUUCAUGAAGGGAGACUAUGCUGCUGCCUUCAAGGUAAGUAAAUGGAGAAAAAAAUAAAACUACCGGGCAACAGUUAACAGCGACGUCAACAAACUCAGUGUACUGGAAAGCAGCAAAUAAAAGUGACCUGCAUGACCUCAGAAAAAAGCAGGUACUCAUGAGUCUUUUCUCUGCAUCUGAUAACCUGUUCGGUUGCAUCUUAGAUCAGGUACAAGUUAAUAUGCAUAACUACAAAAGCAUUGUCAAGACUUGCUUGACAUGUAAAGCCCAGUGACUUAAGUAAAAAAUGUUUGCUUUAUAAGCACACCUUAUUAGUCUGCCUUGCUGAUUGAUUGAUUGAUUGAUUGACUCUUCUUUCAAUGAAAAUGGAAAUACGUGGUAAAAAUUUAUUGUGGGGAGUGUUGAACAAAAAAAUGUACACCUUUUAUCUUUCUCAUACUGCCCUGAACUACUCAAAGGGAGCCAAAGACAGUGGCCUAAACGCUUUUCAAUGUGCUGACUGAUGAUGAUGGUUAUGAUGAUGAUGAUGAUGAUGAUGAUGAUGAUGAUGAUGAUUUAUUUUUUUUUAAUUUUUCACCACUAGUUAACUAGAACAAGGACAUUUGAUUGACAAUUGAUCUAUCCAUCUGUCCUCUCCAUGUAUAGACGUUGCAAAAGCAGGGUCAUCUUUCUGGGUAGCUAAGCCCCCCUUAAGUUGGGGUGCUCUCUCUGUUAUCACUAAGAAAGUGUUUUCAACUCUAAGCACUGUCCUCUAUAUAUAUUUGCGCGUACAAUAGCAAGCUACUACAAUAGAAUAACUGGACUUAAAGUUAAAUAAAACAUGCCUUUCCUACUCGAUCGCCUUGCUGUCGGAAAUUUUCUUAAAGACACUUGCUGUAAACUUGAAACAAGUUGACUUUAUCUGACGGACGUUAGGGAUAACGACGAUGCCUGAAUGCAUACAGUAACAAGCAGCCUGCCGUUGAGUAAAACCACUUCUUUCCCGAUAAAUUAUUAUUUGUCACAAAAAACUAUCAUGCCUGGCAUUGCAAAAUUCUUCUCAACACACUACUUACCGUCGUGGGUGAUAAGGAACCGGCUAAAUAUUUGUACUCUCCUCCAGAAGCUCCAGACGCCUCUUCUGCAUUUGAAAAUCCCCACGAAAACAAAAAGCUCCAGCGGUGCCCAAACGCUGUCACUCGGGCUGCAGCACGGUGCUCUGCCGGCGUCACACUGACCGCUGCUCCGGUCACUCGACAGUCAUGACAGGCGGACUCGACCCGCUAUUCGUAUUUGCGCUCAUCAACACGGAGAUCCCGAGUAUGUGUGCUACGCUCGGCUGCUACACCACCGGAACUACUUCCAGCGCCAGCCGGAGCACGUUGAAGAUGAAUUCAUGCACCACAAUGGGAAAAAUGAAAUCACAUCCACUUAACUAGUUCCCUUUUUCAUUAUUAAUGAUCUUUACUAGGACACCAGGUGAGCCCUCCUUGUAACAUAAAUGAUAUUACUGAAGAUAAUAAUGUUUUACGUGAUGGUAAAAAUAAUAAAUAUCAUUAUAAAAUAAAAGCAUAUUAGAUACAUUGAGUGAUCUUCCAAUGGAGCAUAACUGUAGAAAAGACUGUCUUCAUGAAAAACAGACAUCUAACACACACACAAAAAAAACAUUCAAUGCAAAAAACGCAUGUUGUGUUUGAAUAUUUACACACCACAUAGCCACAAAGUGCAACCACACGAGUACUGCAAAAUGUGGUAUCUUAUGGUGUGCUGCUCUGAUAGUCCAACUCUCUGGGGACUUGAUGUUUCAUGUCCUAUGUGUUAUAUAUCCCUUAGUUAGGCUUUGUGCCUGUUAUUUGAUGAUAAGAUUUAAGGGUAAUAUUGCAGGGAAACCCACUUGCACAGGUUAUCAUAUUAUGGACCCAAGGCGGUGAACACCAGGGGGUCAUCAUGCCUACAGGAUGCCCUUAUAGGAUGGAACAAAAUGCUCCUGUUGCCAUGAUUGGUUGCAUGGUAAUUGUACCAUGUGAACCUAUACAGUUCUAAACUUAAUAUAUACUACAUAAUAUUCCAGCUAUGCCAUACUAGCUGGUAAAAGCUGGCUUCUGUGUGUCUCUAAAUGGUUUAAAGGUCAAGUGUUACAUAUGAGUUUUUACAAAGUUGUGGAUUCUGAAUAACACUUGCUAACAUCUUAGUGUUUAAUUUGCCAGCAUUUGGGGGAGUAUCAAUGUGAAUUCAAGACUGUGCCCAAAAACAUGCAGCUGUAUUAACUUUUAUUUACAUCUCCUAGACAGCCCAAGUCCGCAUAGGAGGUAAGUCAGAGCACCUUGCUGCAGAUGAGAAUUUCUGGCAGCACUGAAAUGGUAGUUUGGGAUUUAAGCUGAUAAGAACAAAUAGGGUCAAGAAUGUGCAUUACAAAGUAUUGUUUCUAAUGGAACCACUGUCUUGAGGCUCUGAAUUAUUUGGCGUUUAAACCAUUUGGAUCUGUUUUACAUAGCUUGUAAAAUGUACUUAAGUAAAUGCUAAAUAAACAAUUGUGCUCAGUCAUACAACCACAACACACAAUUUUCCAGGGAUACAAGCAUGUCUACAAUAUGUAUAUAAAUAAAAAAUCUAAUAUUUCAUGCAGAAUUUUGUUCCCCAUUCAUAUUUAAGCAACAGUUUUUUUAAACAGGGGCUUAUUUUGGUUUUGUUUAACACUGCAACAGAAAUGUUCUUGUCUUGCUUUGAAAAGCCGCUCAAGUUUGUUAGUCCUGAUAAGAAAAGCUAAUAUAAAGAUAUGAGACCUCUCCUGGAAAUGAGCCUUAGUUUCUGAAAUAUUAAAGCUUUCUGUGAUAAAGCACACUUAUGAGAGGUUUUUGCCUCGUUUUGUUUUUUGUUGAUCUCUAUGCAUUGUUAUAUCAGCUGGUUGUUUGACCUUCAAGGUGCACAAUGAAGUUCUGUCUGUACAAGUUUGAGACGACAGGAUUAUAUUCUACUUGCAUUUGCUACAAAGGGAAAAUUACUCUUUACUCAUCUAUACAGAUUACAGCAAGAGUCAGGGAUAGCUUUUCUCGAUGAGGACAAAUUGUACUCUAUACAGUCGUACAUGGAUGUGGCAGCUUGGGGUGUCAAGUUAACAUUAAGGAACAGAGUUUUUGGUGUGAAGGCAUCUUAAAAAAUCUGUCUAUGAUGUAUUUACAGUUUUGGUGGAAAUAACAUCACAGGCAAAUUAAUAUAUUACAAUGUGGUAUAUUUUUGAAUAUCUUGACAGCUGCACAGAAUAUUUGGGCCCCUGUUACUACCAGCAAUCAAAGUACAUGAAAAUGCCAUUCAUGAUUUUUUAUUUCUUAACCCCCCCCAACCCUUUGAUACCUCUGUUCAAAGUCAAGCACCAGACAAACAGUAUGUUAUUUCUCUGAGAGCGUGGUCACAUGGAUUAUCCUCACUUUCUCAGUGUAAGACUCAAAUAUAACUCAGUGCUGCACUCCUCUGGAUGGCAGGAGUGCAUGCAAUUCUUAGCAAAAAAUCUAAAAGGACUUUGAGGAUUGUUAACAGCAAUAUAUGCAAUCAAAAUUACUUUGUUGUAUAGAUGAAUAUCAUAAAUAUUAUACUAGAGAAAUAGCUCCAAAAAGCAGGAAUACAGGCUAAUAAUAAUCACGGUCAUCAACAGCCAUUACAACAUAGAAUUGAGUUGAAAAUUUCUUAAAAAUCAGUGAACAUUUUUUAAACAUUUGUAAAAACACAUAUACAUGUUCAGAACUUUAGAAGUUUAAACAAUGAAAUUAAGAAGUAAAAAGUUCUAUCUUGAAGCUAGUACUUACCCAGCCAUUGUAAUUCCUAAAUCUACCACCAGGAGACUCUCUAACACAACACCUGAUAUUGCAAAAGUUUAAACGCCUCGUUGCGGGCUGUCUGAAUGUGGUCUGUUUUGCAUUCAUUAAUCAAAUGCUCUUCAAAGGCUGGCUACCUUCAAACAACUAUGACUCUCUCCAGUCAACAAAUGAAUCCUCUAUUUCAUCCUUUUGAAAUGCUACCCUUGGGUGCAAACCUGUCCUCACAGUUAACAACAAUGCACUGUUGAUCAUCCCAUCAGGUCAAAUUGAAGAGCUCUACUAUUAUCAACUAGUUCUCUAUCUAAACAGAGGUGGGUUUAUUUUUGAGGGAUUUCAACUUUUUUAUUGUCUGAACACACACACACACACACACACACACACACACACACACACACACACACACACACACACACACACACGCACACUUUUUUUUUCUCUUCAUCUUAAGAAGUUUACCUCUUUUAUCAAUGGUCUUUUGGGAAAACUUCUAUCUCAAGAAUCACCUGCAGUAUUUUUUUUAAUGCUCGUAAGUCAGAGGUAGAUCAAAACAGCUGUUUAAUAAAAGGAAACUAUGAUUUUUUUUAACGGUGAAAUAAUUAUGUCAAUAUUCAUGUUUUUCACAUGGUACUUUGAAGGGAAGGUUGGUCUCCUAGCUCCUCUUGCGUUGUGAUGAUUGGGUGGUACUACUAGCUCUGCCCGGUUUGAUCCUGUUAGUUCUCCGACAUUGCAGUUCGCUUUCCUCAUGAUAUACUGAAAGAGGUCGUAAGGUAGAAUCUUAAAGAUAUUGGGAGGUAAAAUGUGUCUAGCUUAGGCUAAAAAAAACCGUUUAAUGAGAUUGUGGAUAUUAUUUCCAAAUGAAAGGAUUGCAAAGCGAUAAAAAAGACGACUGCAUUUAUCCCGGAAAGACUAUUGCACAUGUGACCAUAUUUCACUGAUACUUUUUAAAUUAAUUUGGAUGAAAAUAACAUAAAGGCUAUUAAGCUUAUCAACCUGUUUCACAGUGUCAUGAACUACGUAUGUUUUGAAAGGCGACGUAAAAAAAAAUCUCUUGUCUUUGAGGACAGUCACCGACUGAGUCACAUAACUCUCUUGUAUCGUUUACAGUUGAUGGGCAGGGUAGUUAAGUCUCGCGAGAACAUAUCUCGCCUGUCUGUUUGAGUUGAGUGUCGCGCCUGCGAUAACACACAUCCAAUGACAGAAAUUAACAGAUACGAAGAAAAAAGUAACGGACUUUAGUGAUAACGGUUUGAGGGCUUCUGUCACUGUUGUUUGUCUGUGUUAAUCAGUCUUGGAAAAAACGAACAAAGGUACUCAACAGGCAUGUGACAUCCGAAAACCUGCAUUCCUGCAUAAAUAGAGACAACAUUAAAGGCUUGACCGAAGUACAUCACAAAAAAGACUUGAAGGCUUUCUGGGUUGAACUUUGGUUGACACGUUUCCAUAUUUUUCAAUAAAAAGCCUUUCUGUAUUGCACCAUAAUAUUUGGAAAAAAAAGUUAUAUGGACUACUUUUCAACUGCUUAUCUUGUUUUUAUUUUUCCUUUAAUGAGAUGUCUUUCUUUUAUUAAAUCAAUAUCCUGUGUUGUGAUAUUUCUCUGUUUUUAAUGUGUAGUCCUUUGAGUCCUUGGAUGUACAGGGCACUAAAUAAAAUGUAUUAUUAUUUUACCCUUAUUUUACCUUUCGAAGCUCUGUUAUACAGAGAUAGGGGUAUCAGCCUAUAGUGUUGUUUGGUUCAGACUUUUAAUUGAAUUAUAUCUAUUCUUUUAUUUUUUUUAUUAAGUAGAUCAAGCCCCCCCCCCCCCCCCCCCACACACACACACACACACACACACACACACACACACACACACACACACACACACACACACACACACACACAAGGAAAAAGGGCUUCCCCACGGAAAUUAUGGGUAGGGGGGUACGGCAGAGCACGCUGAUAGCUGAAAUCUCCGAGAGAAUAAUUUUUAAGAUCUCUGCUUUAUGCCAGUGUCUACCUGUUUCGUUAGGUUACAGUAAAUUGGAGUCUUCCUGUCCCAUGCAGAGAGGUUUGGGAGGAAGUGGGUCACUCGCAUAAUACCAUAUCAUCAAGACGUUUCUCACAACUCAGUCAAUACAGUUCCUAAAUGAUUUCUAAAUGAAAUACGAUUAUUCACGCGAGAAACUGGAAUAGUAUUUAAGUGUUACAGUUAAGAAGAAAACUGAAAAUGUUGGUUGUAUCGACCUCGUUUCAUCUCCUGCCACUUCGGCAUGGAAACAACGCUGUCGGUAUUCGCCAAACCUCCUCGCACCGUCUGGUCUGAACCGGUUCGAAAAGUGCGCAGGCUCGUGCACACUGCAGACUCGACCACGCACUGGUUCACACAGUUCUCCGCGCGCCUUCCCCAAGCUCUGCCUCUCACUCAGUUUGGCCCCACCUCAUUGGUUGGAAUUCUCACAGCACUUCCACACCUUCCGUGAUCUGUUUGGACAACAGGCAAGUUUACGAUUUGCGAUUGGUUUUUGCUCCUCCAAACCUUCUAUUUUAGGGCAGGCGCCAUUUACCGUGCUCGGGCACGCGUAGAAGUUGAGUUGUAAAUGGAGCGCGUGCACUUUUCAGCACCAGCACCUCGUGGAUAGCAGCCAAAGGGAGCAGAGAGGCUUGUUGUGGGAUAGUUUGGUUCAUUGUGACAAACCGACGACUUAGCGUUUUGCAGCGCCAUACCACCGCUGCGGUCGCGGGAAAACUUUAUCUGUAGUUUUAAGUCUCAAAGACGGAAAAAGAAAGCGGCACAUCCUGAGCUUUGUUUGCCCCGGUGGGCAAAUCGUGCCACAAGCUGCAUCUCGGCUGAAAGAACCAAGUUGUGCAGGAAACGAUCGGUAUUUUCAUCUGGCUUCAGGCGAUUUGGCGCGGUCUGGUUUCCACUAACUGCGCCCAAAGAGACUCGAUGGCUACAAAUGAAGGGAAACAAAGGUGAUAAAGAAGAUAAUUCAUCAUAGCUGGCUCGGCCCAGACAACGGUUGACCCGUGGUCCCGGUUUAAACCACUUUACAGCCUGCUCCUGCCGUCAGCCUCAGAGGUCUCCAUUGUGUGAGCAUCCCUGUGCUAACUGCUCCGCUGCCGCCUGACCCCCGGAUAACUCGCAGCUACCCACACACCUGCCGCUCAACCAGCAACAACUGCCGAUUAUUUCAACUUAUCUAAACAUAUCCAAAAUGUGCUCUCGGGUGUGGUUCGUGACCGACCGGCGUAUCAGCCAGGAGUACCCUCAGGUCCAGAUCCUUCGGGCAUUGAAGGAGCGCUGCGCCGACGAGGAUGUUGAAUUCCGCUCACUUCUCAUGGAUCAAAUCGUGCUCACGAUCAGCGAGGGGCAACUAGGCAAGUAUUAACAAAACACUCGAUUCAUGGUUGUGAAGUAUGUGUUUGUGAAGGAAUGCAUCUUCGGUAUUUUAUUAGUUCUCUGUAUGUUUGACAAAGUUAAUAGCAGGUGGUUAUUGUUUGGGGACCCUACUGCCGUAAAGCAGGGAGAGGGGCUAGCCUGCUCUGCGUGUUAGCAAGGAAGCGGAGUGUAACCACAGCAGUGACCGCCUAACCCACUUUCCAGCUAGACUGCCUCCAGACCGAGGGGAGCGAUGAUGCUUGAUUUAAUUUCGCUGAACACGCUGCAGUCCCAACUAUACCCCGGACGAUAUGGGUAAUUAAGUAACAAAUCAACAGGGAAAUAAUGUUUUCAACACUUCAGAAGGCUAGCCAUUAAUGCAAAACCAUUUACAGGUGAAAACAAAAUGAUUAAAGGCUGUUUGUACUGCGGUGUUUCCCUAAGGCUUACUUUCUCAUUUUCAUAAUAUCCCCCCUUAUUAAGCUUGGUGUUUUAUGUAGAAACCUGACAUUUAGCAGUCUAUAUUGUUAUGUAGGCCUGCAGAGAAAAAACAGAGAUAUCAACAUUAAACACAUACCAAGGCAAAUAUUAGUACCAGGAUCCAAAAAGUGCCAUUAAAUGCAUUCAGUUGUCUAACAAGUAGUCAUUUAUAACUUUUUAGACAAAAAAAAGGGUUAGCGCCAAAACAAUCAUCUGUGGGGUCAAAACAGAACCUGUCAUUUGAAACUGAUGGAUUCUCAAAACAGCACAUUGAGGUUAGGUUUCCAUUAAUAAACAUAUAUUACCCUAAUUUACCAAUAUCAGAUUCUCUGUAUGUUUGGCCUUAUUUAUGCAGUGGUCAUGCUUGUCUGUAAGCACAUUGUGUUAUUAAGAGUAGGUCCUUUAGAAACCAUAUAUUGUCGUUUAGCUUCUCCCCCCUUGUCCAGACAACAUUGCUUGUGUUCUACCUGAAACAGCAAAAUAUCACAGUUUUGUUUCAAGGGGUCUUAAUAAGGUGAUGGUAACGGUAGGAACACUCAGCAAACAGACACACAUGGAAUUCCACAAGGCCUUGUCAAGUGAGGCCCUGUCACCAGAUGAGAGGCGUGUAGCUAUUAAUUAACACAUAAAUGGUGUAGGCUGGCACCGACAAAGGUUGAGCAACUAGGAGAUGAUGUUUAAUCAGGCAGCAUUUUCCUUGCCCACUUAAAACUGCUACAUCAGGUAGGCUACACAGAUUAGUUUUGGCAAAGUCAAUAACAGGGGAUUUCAAACACCAACAGUGAAAUAAAGAAAAGCAUGGUAUGUGUUUAUAGCUCAUACAAAAAGAACAUUUGUGACACUAAACAUUUUCUAGUGAUGUUGAAAAAUAACCUUAAAAUAUCUGUUACUACCACAGUUAUUUGUUUAUUCACCGAUCUAAUAAAUAUACCUCUGCAGAUACCAUAAAAAGAAGACAGCCUGAAAAUGAGGGCAUUGUGGCCAUCACAAAUAGAAAGACAGGCAGCUGUCUAGACCUGUAGCUUAGUAAGAUAUACACAACUGGAGCAGGGCAGUUAGCAUGACGUGUAAUCCUUGCCGGCCUCAAGUCUGCACACAGUAAUGUCUCCUGAGCCUUGGCUAAAGAUCACAGAUUAGCAGCAGGUGGCCACACUCUAUGCCUUGUCUAUACACAAGGAGCUGCAGAGUACAUAGUUAGGAAAUUAAGAUUUAUAGAUAUAUAUGCAUGUAAAUUACACACUGUAAAUUAACACCCAGAUUACAGGAACUCUGGAGAUGGGGAGAACUUUCCAGUGCUAAUCCAAAGAAGAAAUGGCAUUUUAACUUCAUGAUCUCUAUCAAAAUCAAGUGAAUCUGUGGUUAAGAGCAGGCUGUGUGAAUACUUGUACUCAUGAUUGACAUAAAAAGACAGUAGUAGUAUGAAUUUAAGAGAUUCUCAAAUUGAAGAUCACAACUUAAUGUGGAGUCACUGAGACAAGACUGUUUACAAUCCUUAUAGUUUAUUCAUGAGAGGUAGAAUUGGAAUUCCACUGUAAUGUGAUCAAUAAUGCCCUUGUGGUUCUUGACCACCUCUAUUAGUGGUUGGAGUUGUUUAUCACUGGUAUCCUUUGUCUUGAUAGCCUUUGUAGUUAAAUUAAAUGUCAAUACAUUUGACACUCACACCUAGAGUUACUUCAACAAGCUAUUCCAGGAGUGGAGAUUCAUGAGGUCCAAAAUCAUGUGGAAAGCUGUGUAGAAGAUAGUUGUACUUCAAAAAGGGACUCAAUGACCAGAACUUGUUUGAAGGUUCCUUUUAGGAUAAAAAAUCAAGUCAAACCACAAGACCUUUGAAAUCUGUUUGUUUUAGGCUGGGGCAGAAGGCAAUCACAACCCUAAAACAGAUAACACCUCAGUUACAACCGGCUGUUCCAAAGGUUUCUCAUGCUCUGGCAUUUUUUUGUAUUCCCAAGUCUGGUUGAGGUCUGCAUUUCACACCAAAGUUAAUGGGUUCAGAGUGUCCCCAGGAAGAGCAACAAUCACACGUGUGACAAUGAUGUUUCAAUGGCAAGUGAUAGCCCCUCACACAGGACAUUCAAAGCCAGCUGUUUGCCAGCUAGAGCUGUUUUACAUCCCAUGAAUUUUACUUUUCUGUCUGAUGAGAGUUGAUAUGAACUGAUAAUUUGUAAUCAUUGCACAUGCGUGUGGGUACACUUUUACCCAAAACACAAUAAAUGCGUGAGUCUUAUGUCCUAUUGUAAUUUACUGCCAGUAAAUAAAUUACUAAGGAGGCGUGUACUGGCAUUGCAGUGAGGGUUACUGUAGCUUUAAUGCCAAUCAUGGUGAGGUGAUUUAUAAAGCAUGGAUAUCCAAUGUAGACACAAAAUUGAAUAACAUCUUAUACUUUCAUAAAUUUAUAUAGUUUCAUAAAUGAAUUAUAAUUAUAAGUUUAGUCUUGACACAAUAAAGAAAGUGCACAGUCUCUAAGGAUAUCAGCUUGUACGUCAGCUCGUAAGCAGUCAUUCAUUCAUUCAUUUUCAGUGUUUUACGUGGAGCCUAAAAGAUAUAUUUGCUUUUUCCAUGUUCACCUGGAACUUGCUGCUGUGCUGUGGGAACUUAUUGUGUCAACAGACAAAAUGUUUAUAUCUAAAUGAGUCAAAACAUCUAAAAAAAAAAAAACAUUUACUUGAGAUGUUUUACCUGAAAACUCUACUGCCAAAACCAGAUAUACUUUUCUAGACAUUUGUCCUUUAUAUAAGGCAACACCACCAAUAAGUGCUGGCAUUUGUAAUUGGCAUAGUUUCAGUUGCCAAAGAGAGCAUUGUUUGCUCUAUGAUUACUGGACACUAAACCCUCUAACUUUAUACAUUCGCUUGCAGGAUGAAGUUGCAUCACUGAAAGAAUAGGGACUGGAAAGGCUGUUGGCAACCACAAAGCCACAAAUAUUAUUGGGAGGAUGGGGAGCAUUUUUCCUCUCUGGUGUGCUUGUCAUGAGACACAAAGUGAAACAACCCGAUUAAAGACAUUGUCCUGAAGCUGACAACAGAACCCAACACAAAUUGAUUGACUUUUGGCACAGCAGGCAUCCUGAUUGUUUGUGAAAAAUGAUAUGUAAGUAUUGAGAUGGAUAAAGAACAGCUUUGUAUUAGGGUCUAGACUUUGUCCCAGCAGCUGUGGCUGUUGGAAACAAAAUAUUUCCUCUACAGUGUUAUGUCAAAAUUACUAAAAUAACCAAUGAGUAAGGCUUGGCAAGAGAGUGAAUGGACUCACCCAGCAACCAUAUCUUUGUACUUACUCCUUUUGUUCUCCACUUAGUCAUGUUGAAUGACUUAUCAGGAUCUAAAUUAAACACAUCCUGUAGAGAGGACUUCAUAUAUUGUAUAUGAUGAAUGUGGGAUGGAUUUGACUUCUGCUCUCUUAAGUGAUGUUUUAAUGAGUUUGUUGAGCUGCCCAGUGAAUUCAGUUCCGCCCAUGAAUACUUUUGCGGUCUCUUGUUUUGUUGUCUCAGCUGAAGUGUUGUUUCUGUACUUAAGAGGAAUGGACUAAAACCAGCUCUUUCUUCUAAACAGAUGAGACGAAUGCCAAAUUAUAGAGUUGAACUACAUCUCAAGUCAUUUUGAAUCAGACUUUUGCUUUUCUAUGUAGUUCUUCUCAUGCUGGUUUGUUUUUAAGUGUUCAUAUUUGAAAAUGCUUCUUCUUGAAUUAGUUUUUGAUUUUAAAAAGAGGAAUGAUUGACAACUGCAGCUCUAGCAUUAUUCUGCACUGGAUUAGCAGAGAAGAUGUGAAAGAGAAAACAUGAAAAACACUCAGAGUCAGUUAGCUACAAGUUUCUGCUUUUAAUCAACACAAGAGUCUGUCCUGCUGUGGACUGUGCCAGCCUGACAUUUUAUUGGUAAGUUUCUUAUGUUAGCAGAAGUGGUGCAACGAUAGUCUCACUGCUCCAUCAGCCAUGUUUCCACUGCGUAUGCCUCGGCUUGUCCAGUGCAAUAUAUCAGCGAGUAUCGAGGAAGGCUUUUGGCUUCAUAUCUUGUUUAGUUCGUGUCAUGUAUAGUCAACAGUGUUUAUUGCUCCAUCAGCUAAAUCUCUGAUUGGCCUCACAGUGAGCUCACUGUGUUUCAUUUUCAUAGGGCGUCACUGAUGACAGAUAUGCAAAUUUACCAUUAAAGGUGAUGUUUGCUCCAGUGUGACCUCUUGAACCUAACCUAAACUAGCCUGCUGCAACAUUUGGCUUGUUUAGACUGGACUCUCAGCCCCAGACUUAGACUGCAUUCAGAGCGGGUAGGACCCACCAGCCAAACACUGGCACAGCAUUUGUCAGCAUCGCCUGCAUUGUGACGUUGCAGCGGUAUGCACAGAAUGCUUGUCAUGCUUGUUAGCUUUGUCAGGCAGAUUGAAAAUGGGACACGUGUAUACAGUCUGCUAAACCCUAAAACUAUAACAGUUACAUCAGUUGCAGCUCUACCAGGCCACACCCACAGUAAAUGUCGCCUGUAACACAAACACCCACAUUGCUUUUGUUAUUCAUGGAGAUGUUUAGGAGGGUUAGGGUUUUUGCAGUGGUCACAUGAAGGGCAGUGCAUUACACACCAGCGCUUGCACAAAUGAAUAGGAUUGAUUCAUUGGUCUCUGUUUAGUUUCCCCGGAGAAGGAGACAAGCGCGGUGAACAGUAAAUACUGUCUUUCCAAAAGCAUGAGACCACAUCCCCUGACACUUCCCACUGUAACAUCACUCACUGUGCUCUCGGUGGCUGCACAAUCAGAUCAGUGUGUGAGGGUAUUGAAUAGGGCAGGAGAGACAGUGAAUCCUCUUGCUUCCAUGCUGACAUCGUGAGGAGGAGGAGCAGGAGGAGAAAAAAGAAUGGGUGGCGGUCUUUUCAUGGCUUCAUACUCCUUUUUUCACGCUCCUCUUUUUUCCCUCCUGCUCUUCCUCUGUGCUAAGGCUGCAAGACAUCUUUUUUGCAUCACCUUUUUUUUCCUGCUCCCAUUCUUCCUUCUGUCUGUGCAGAUAAUUACCGCGGAGACAAAUGUUGGUCACUCCAAAAGCGCAUGUGCCUUGUGCACAUUACACAGGCUUAAAACACAUUGCAUCUGCUAGCACACCAAUAGCUUUGUCUGAUCUUAUUAUGUAUGCACUAACCGUCGAGCUUCUCGUGACCUCUGGUGCUCUGAGCCAGUGGCGCUGUCACUAUUGUGAGCAAGCAGGUUCUAAGAUGGCUGAAAUUUAGGUCACUGUAGAGGUGAAGUGCUGUGCUGGUGAAAAAUGUUCCCUCACCUCCUCUUCUUGUACAUGAGUAUUAUACGUGCAAUCCAACACUUCUACAAAGGUUUCAUCAUCACCCAAUCUGUUCCUCCUGACGAGCUGUUGGUCUACUUGCCUGCUCAAAAAUCACAGUCUGUCUCUGUUUCUUCGUCUCAGCCAGAAUGACAAAGUAACACCAGUCACCAGUUACAUGUCGCCAUAUCUUUGGCUCUGACCGAUGAAUUAGCCAUCUGUGUGUGCGAGCCAGUAUUCUAUUACUGCAAAAUCCUUUACUGUCUGGCAUAUCGAGUUUAGAGACUGAGAUGGCAGGUUAAUGUUGAAAUCUGCCAAAAUGAUUGUCUGUCGAUCGAUGCAGUGACUAUAUGUUAUUGAUUGAUUGAAGUGUAUUUUGAAUAUGCAAACCAGAAAUAUAAAAAUAAAACAAGAAAAGUAGGGCAAAACAUUUAAACAUAAAACAUAGAAAUACAUAUUUGAAAAGGAGUGAGAGGAAGAAUAACUUAUGAACUCCCACCCCUUCCCUUCAAAUAAGUACCCACACCGAGCUUCCUUGCAACUUGUUUAGAUGUACCUGAUACUUAUACACACAUAUAUAAAACAACAAAACAAAAUAAAACAAGAAAGAAAGAAACAAAAAAAAAAACAAAGCAAAAGAAACAAUAACCUCAUAACACUUUGUGAUACCCAACACCUUCCUUAUCCCUGUACCUCUCAAAAAUAGCGUCUUUAUACCUUCUUUUAAACUGUGUCAUGUUUGAACAUUACUGUGACUCUAUGGAAAACCUAUUCCAUAGUCUCAUCUCACUUACUGAAAAACAAAAACUCUUAUUCUUAUUUUUAUUAACAAACAUCUACUUUAUAAUCUAUCAAACUUCUCUUCCUAAAGUUUAUCUGUACCCAUGUCUGUACCGUUCUAAUAAACACCCUUUAACAUGGGAGACGGAUAUAAAAACAUCUUGAUAAUGUUAAAGACUUGCAUGUAUGUUGAUGGAAAUCCUGCUUUGUGUCGUGAUGUGUGCUCGUGUGUGAUUCAGGCUCCCCUCCCUGCCCCACUGCUCUACAUAAGGAGAAAGUGGUUAUUGUCUCAGUUGACUCCAAAAGGGUUUUGUCUUUCUCAGUCAAAGGGUCAGACAGUAACAGACCGAAAGCAGAGAAGCUGGCAGCACUACAGGGAGGACUGUAUGCAGAUAUAUGCAGCAUGUAAAUUAUUAUAUCAGCUGGAAAGCUGGGUUACAAAUUCAUGGCUCAACACAGCCAGUCUGAGAGCUGGCUGCCUCUGCCUCUGUCUGAUACUGUAACAGGGCCAGCUCCCUCAGUCAGCGCUGUGUGGGGACAACCAGCGCAGAAUCCAAAAACAGUCACUCUUAGAGGAGUAAACUUUUCCAUCAGUAGAUGGUCUCUGUGUUUUACCAACCAUUUCACAAUGUUUCCAGGUCUUUUAAAGGCUCCAGCUCCUGUGUUUAAAGUGUAACGGUAGCUAUAAACAAUGACACAUCGCUUUAGAACAUGAUGGAUAAAGAGAAGACAAGUUAGAAAUAAUUAUAUGAGUGAGAUGUAGGUCCAAACGGGUUCAGUAUCUUAGUGAAAAAACAUGAAUUUCUUACAUUUGAAUGAAGUCAUUACAAUGAUUAUUUUCUUGUUUCUCCUAUCACUCCUCCUUCCACUCCCCCACUACCACAAAACCUUUUUUAGGUCUGCGAGUGGAUCAGGAAUUAGUGACCUCUUAUCCUCAAGUGGUGGUGGUACGGGUGCCCACGCCCUGGGUGCAGUCAGACAGUGACAUCACCGUGCUGCGCCACCUGGAAAAGAUGGGCUGUCGUCUGAUCAACAGGCCUCAGGCUAUACUCAACUGUGUCAACAAGUUCUGGACCUUUCAGGAGCUGGCUGGCCAUGGGGUACCUCUUCCUGACACUUUCUCCUACGGUAAAUGAAUCCUCCUGUCCCUACAAGUUUGGGCUCUAAGUUGAAUAAGUUUUACCAUCCAGCAUUUCUUUGGGAGGCUCCUGGGGUUCUGUGCAGACAGAAAGAUAUCUAAAUAUUCAAUAAAAGGAAUGUAAUUCACAAAUGCAAUCAAACCUUCACUUUCAGGCUCAUGAGCAGUUACUUAAAGAUGACGUAAAUACUGCUUUAUAUGAACUCUUACGGCUUAUAAUGAGCAAAUAAUUGGGGAAAUAUAACCAUACCAUCUGCAAUUUUUCGACGUGUGAAUCACCUUUGUGGGAUCAUAGUCUUAGGUUAACAUGAGUUUGUAUAAUAGAUAAAUAAACCAUUGUUUAGACUGAUAUUCUGACAAUAGAUUUACAUCAGCUGUUUUGAUUUUUUUAAUGUUUCAUCAAGGAUAGGUGUGUAGGGAACCAGCUGGAACCAAAAGCCAGACUGCUUUUUUUAACUGGUUGUAGUGUUUUUAUUGAAGACAAAACAAAGACUGACCACAAAGCAAAACACACACCUCUCUGUUCUGUAGAAGCCCACAGUGUAGUGUGGUGUUUGUAAGGGCAGAAAGAAAAGGAUACGGUCAGAGGGGGAAAGGAAGAAAGAAAGAGGAGGGGGUGUUUGGCCUACAUUCCAAUCGUCUCUCUGCACAGUAGGCCAGGCUAUGCAUGCAGAGCGGCUGGAGAGCUUAUGUAACAGUCUCCCCCACCCCCCACCCCAUCGCCUCACCCUCUGCCCCCUCAUGAUUUUUCAAAAUAAAGGAUGCCAUCCACUACCUCCUGCCCUCUACUUCAGCAGCUUAUGACGUGGUCAGACCCACAUUUGCUGUUCACUCUCCCUCUCUCCCUCCUCAGCUCCCUCUGUUCUUUCUCCCUCUCAGGGAAAACCCAUGUGAAUCUGCACGUCUGGAAAAAGCCAUGUGACAGUCCACUUCACAUCUGUGCCCUGGACUCAGUGCUAGAGAGGCCAGGGCAGGAGACAAAGGAAAAGAGAGAGAAAUACAGGGAAUUGGCAGUGGAGACAGAGAGCAGAAAGAUGUUGUUAACGCCUCCAUUUUUGAAUAUUCCUCACACAAAGCAGAGUAGGAUGAAGCACAUAAGUUGCCACGAGCUGCCGGUCUGAAUCCAUGCCAGACAUGAUCAGCUGCUUCACAUUAAUGCAUCCUUCAGUGCCUGUUCCUUUCCGAUCCAAUGAAUCAGGCAGUGAGAUAUGUAGAAGCUCGGGACAACACUCCUACGGCCUUGCUGUUUUGAGUCACUCCUGUUACCAUGGCAACAGGCUACAUUACCCUCCCUACCCUCCCCCCCUACCCUGCUCAGUUGUUCUGCAAUGUGUGAACCAUGCCAUCAAAACAAGGACACAUUUUGAACAUUUUAUCUCGAUCGUUGUUUUGGUGCAUGUUUUCACAUGAAUGUGUGUUUUCUGUCUGUUCUUGUGUGCCCGGCCAUUUCUCAGGAGGCCAUGACAACUUCCGUAAGAUGAUUGACGAGGCAGAGCCGCUCGGCUAUCCAGUGGUGGUGAAGAAUGCACGUGGCCACAGAGGUAAGAUCAUCUGUCUAUUUCUUUCCUGUCACAAGCCGACGCCACACCUCGAAAAUCUGUACACUGCGCACCCUUAAAGGCAGCUCGCCCCACCCUCUCAUGAAAUUCACUGACAGAGUGUUAAAUGAUGAGUGUGCUGCUGCUGCUGCUGCUGCUGCUGCUGCUACAAACACAAAACAAGGACUUGUGGUGCUAACAGUUUGCCUAUUUAUCCAUUUUAGUCUUCAGUUUACAAAUUGACCAUUGUUUACCCCUCUUGUCUGAAUUCAGGGUGGGGGGCUUCAGUAAAGCCUUCAAGAGAUAAGUCCAAGUGUCCUCUGACCCAUUAGCCCAGUCGUAUUCAUUGUUAUUGACACUUGACUAGCUUUGCCAUUGUGUGAAGACAUAACAAUGGACCUCUGCCAGCCUGGGCUGUCACUAACAUGUAUUGUUAGAGGAAACAACCGUUAGUCUACUGCUAGCUUCAACCUUAUUUUGAAGCUCUGAUUUGCUGCCUCCUCUCUGUGGUUCAAGUCCAGCAUGCAAUCCUUCUCGUUAACAUAAUAAAGGCCUGUUGACAAAAAUAAAGGCUGUUUCAAAAUACCCAGAGUCAAGAGGAGAGUCCAGAAAUCCAUAUCAGAUGCCAGAAUUUGUUUCAUGCGCAUUCUUGUGUGACUGUGGUUGCACUCUGUCCAAACCGUGUUUCACUGUGAUCACGGCAAAGUGGUCAAAGCAGUGUGUCCCACUGAGUCACAGGACAGUGAGACAUUUUUUUUUUUUUUUUUUGACUUGUACAAUGUUACAUCAUGCCCGCCACUGUCCAUUUUCACAUCCUAAAGAUGUUGCCAAAGAAUUGCCCUGUCAUCUUGCUCUGUUCAUCACUUAGACACACAGUGAGCACAUGAUCGUCCCUGUUGUUGGAACAGGGGUCAGAGGGCUUGACGACUUGGAGAUGCAGCCAGGAGGUGCUAAUUAAAACAGGCAUCUUCUAUCCUCUGUGAGAAACAGUUCUGUGGCUUCGAGGAGGAGUGCUCUAUUCAUUAUAUGAGAAAUGGGAACUGACAUGAGGCUUGGUCAGCAGAGGCAGCUACUUGUCAGCAAAACCUUUUCCAAGUUAUGCAGCCUCUUACACAGUUUCAGACUCUGCGAGAUCUUCUUUCCAAUAGAAGAAUAAAAAAGUGUAGUUACCCUGAAAACUUGUUUUUCUUCUCUCCUUUAUCUUAAAUCUCUUUUCCCCUCCCAGGCAAGGCUGUAUUCCUGGCCCGAGAUAAACACCACCUGACAGACCUGUGCCACCUGAUCCGCCAUGACACCCCCUACUUGUUUCAGGAGUAUGUCAAGGAGUCGCACGGCCGGGAUGUGCGGGUCGUCCUGGUUGGUGGUCGUGUCAUCGGCUCAAUGCUGCGCUGCUCCACUGACGGCCGGAUGCAAAGCAACUGCUCUCUGGGUAAGCAUAUACAAGGGUUGAUGAGAAUAACUACAUUAUGUACACCAUUACAGAUGCAUCGCUAGCUGAACCAGCUCCCCUCUCUUGUUAUGGUUACCAGUGCAAAUGUUGAUACACCAGAACACCAUAAAAGAUUUGUCUAUGGCAAGAUUGAUCCUGGUAAAGUUUUGUGAAGUUUUAUUCCUGAGAUGAAAGAGCCCCAAACUUCUAGUUUCAAUCAAGAUUCCCAUUUAAAGCAAAGGCAACACAAUUCUGAUUUUCUGUCUAUUAAACUGAAGUGUAGGAUUACUUUAAAGAGGAAAUAUAACAGAAACAUAUUUGCCUUACUUUUAUUCAGUCAUUGUUAUGAUCUAACACAAUUCACUCAAAAAUGAGAGACAUCAGGUCUACCUCUCAUCUCUGCAAAUACUGGGUUGAGCUCUUCUGUCCUGUAAAAGGAACAUGUGCUCUGUCUGACCAAAGAGGAUUGAAGUGGAUGAAAACUUAUAAGACAAAUAAUAAACCAGCAGACUGAAGGCUGUCAGAGCUAAUGAUCUGGUACUUCUAAAAGUCUUACCAAGCAGAACUCUCUCCCCCCUCUGUCAACAAGUUUUGGGAAAGUGCGUCGGAUCAACAAGCUUGUGCUGAGGUUUCCCUGGAGACAUCAACCGACCGCUAUCCAGCUGAUGUCUGAUUUUCAGUGUCAGCAUGAGCACUCCUUGCCUCACGAUGCCGUGAUGUGCUGUGACAUUUCUAGGACAUCGUUCAUCAGAUUAUUUUGCAUUUAUGUAACCGAUCAUGAGAACCUUUGCACUGUCUGAUGUUAGAUCUGAGGUUUUAUGAGAGUCUAAAUGCUGAAUGUUAGAAACAAGCUAAAUUCAUUUAAAUAUUUCUGUAAGACAACAGUUUUGGGGAUGUCUCCGGAUGGAUAAAACAUAAAGAAACGGGAUGGUGAAGCAGAUGAACCUAAACUAAAUCAGAUCUUUUAUGUUUGUUUCAGGUGGUGUAGGUAUGAUGUGUCCCCUCAGCGAGCAGGGCAAGCAGCUGGCCAUAGAGGUGUCCAACAUCCUCGGCAUGGACGUGUGUGGCAUUGACCUCCUGCAGCUCAACGAUGGCUCAUUUGUGGUCUGCGAGGCCAAUGCUAAUGUGGGUUUCAUCGCCUUCGACCAGGCUUGUGGCAUGGAUGUGGCAGGCAUCGUUGCUGACUUCGCGCUGUCCAUGCUCCCCAGCCGCCUCACCCGAAAGAUGUCACUGCUCUCGGUUGUGUCGAGCACCAGUGAGACCAGCAGCGAGCCUGAGGUGUGCUCCGUGCCCAACGGUGGUGGCUCCCUGCCCGAAGCCGUCUGCAACAUGAGCGUGGGUUCUACUUCCAGCGAGAGCGACCCAGAGCUCACUGAGCCCUCUCAGUCCUCGCCUCGCCAGUCCACAGCCUCCACCCUGCCUGAUCUCCCAGACCUCCCUGAUCCAGCCUACAACUUCAACACCCUCCUCGCCAAUGAGAUCAAAUUAUUGACUGAGUGAGAUUCAAGCGGCUUCAGGCACACACGAAACACAACAAAUACACAACCCAUACAAUACACGCAUUCUUGUAUGCAUGACAACAGACAUUCCUUUCAGAAACACAGAUCAGUCCAAACUCUUUUAAGACAUGGGAUGAUAAAUGCAAGACAAGAGCAGAGAAACACAUACAGAGUCGGAAACACCAAAACUUGAGCCUUCUCCUACUAAGUUAAAAAUAUUGAAAGAUCUGAGGCUGCUCCCCUGAUUCUCCUCGCUUUGCACCUCUACUCCAGAACUGCAAACCAGCCAAUCCAAACUUAGCUUACACUGCAGCAUGGUGCCAAGUGUGGAAUAUAGAUCUCUUAAAAUCACCCCCUGCUUUUAUUGGUGGGUGUGGGAUUCCCACAAAGGCUACUAACUGCCAUACUGUUGUCCUUACAGCAUGCUGAUAUUAGUUGUAAAAACAGCAUCCACUGGUUCAAAAGGGGGAUUUCCUACUGAGACUGCAGCGAGGAUUAGUGGUUGGUAGGAAGUGAGAAGAAAUGGUGUUUUUUUUUAUGUGAUUAUAUUCUAGGAAGAGGAAAACAUCCUUGAGCCAGGGACACUAUACUACCUGUCUCAAUGUAGCAAUGAAGUGCAGCUGUCAGAUACAAGAAACAGGAAGAGGAAUGCCCUGCAGCAACUCGAGAUGGAAGAAUUUCAUAUCAAAUUAAAUGCAAGUCAUUUUUCCUCAAACAAAUAAGAGAGAAAUGUAGUCAAGACAAUAUAUCACAGAUAUCAGUACUUCAACAGAUUGUAAGGACAAAAUCUCUGUCGAGUUUACACAACACAAGUUGUAAAAUGCUAGUAACCCUUAUCUGAAUUACAGAUUAGCAUGAGCCUUACAUUUUUACAUUGAGAGUAAAAAAUGAUUCACGUUUUUGCAUCGAUAUGAAUGUAAAUAACCCAAAUUAUGAAGCCAUAGCACCAAAUAGUCACCCUUGGUGCUAACACUGCAUUCAGAAUUAGUCCUCUUCUCACUGUGAAUGAGACAGGCACGUGUCAAAGUCACGAAAACUGCAUUGACUCGUGCAAGAGAGUAGAUAUCACGAAUAGCUGUUCUUUUUCAACAGCCACAUCCUGGAGUCUAGAAAUAAAUUGGGUGCCAUUACUCGAUUUUGUAUUUAUUUUGUUUCUAGUAGAUUGUUUGAUUAGCCUUACCAGUAGCAGUCUGCUACUUCUCUUUUUCAAAUUCACUUCAUGUCCAGCACUUUAUGAUUGUCAGACGCAUUUUAUUUCUCGCUCAGAUGACAUACUUAGGAAAUUUGAGACAGAGUGUGAAAGCUGCGUCUACACCUGCGAACAAACUAUACCUCAAAACAGUGACUCCUCACUGCCGUAGGAUGACUUAGAUACUGAAACAUACACAACAUAUCAGCCGGGACUCCCUGUGGUCCCACACGGCCCCCAAUGAACCAGGUGUUCCUUCCCUUUCUGUCUAAGAGCUACACAGCUAGUUGUGUGUUAUUUUUUUAUUUCUUUUUAUUUUUUGUAAAUAUUUAGGUAGCAUAUUAGCCUCAGUGCGUACUAGUGACCAGAUGAUAAAACUGGAAUGGCUAAAAUAACUGCCAGCGUUAAAGAAAUUCAUAAGCUCUUGCGGUAUACAAAUGUAUUUGUACCUGCAAUAUGAAAAAGUUGAAAGUGAAAUUUGGUGCUAACAUCUCUGGAUUUGGUUAGAUGUGGCUUUCAGUCAAAUUAUUUGUAGAUUUUACUUUUAUGGUUUUUUACUGAUCUUAACCCACAGGAAUAUGUUGGCAUGAUGUACACAUAAAAAUGAAAACUAUAUUUUUGCAGUCUCUUUGGGUAGAAUGUCUUUUUUUACUUUUAAAGACAGAAAAAAAAGUAGGGAUUGUAGUCGCCAAGAGCUUUUUGCUUUGGGUUUUCCUGUUGAUUUACCUCUCGUACAUCUUUUGAUGUAACUAUCAACACAAAGGAAAGGUACACUGGGGUUAAUGUCAGUCAACUAGAAUAUUUCACAGCUCUGAUUUAAAGCACAAAUGUAAACCUUCAAAGUUGUUUCAUGUAGUGGCGUCCAUGUUUUUCGGCUCAUAACUCUUCUGUUGAAAGCAUCUCAGGGAAGCAGCCUGGAUCUCACCCCUGACCCUGAAAGGCACUACAUAUUCAUCCGAGUUAGAGACAUGUCAAAAACAUAACACAUCACCACAGGCAGAUAAAAAAAAAAAGACACACAAGCAUCCAAGAAAAAAAGGUUGUAAACUACAGUAUAAGACAAUGUGGUGUAUACCAUGGUUAACAUGCACUUUUUUUCCUUGCUUGUUUUAUAUUGUUCCUUGUUUUCUUCCUAAUUUAUGGUAUUUCUAAGGAAAAUGGUUUGUGUGCACUAAUAUUGUCUCAAUAAAGUAAAAGCGCUGUGAAGCUUGAUCUAAUCCCCUUCUUCUUGGCUGGAUUGACUAACUGAAUGAAAUCUAACUGGCCUGCUUGGGGGUGCCAUAUCUAAACCUGCCAGACAACAGGAAAGGCAGCUUUUAUUUGAAGCUUGCUGUCAAGUGAUCAUAGUUGCUCCACUGAGAGAAUAGCACCAUUGACACCUCUGUGAUGUUGUCUGGUAUUUAUAUGAAGAAGGUAUCUGACAAACUGUGAAAUCUGCUGAUGUCCACUCUCCUGACAUGUAAGGGCCGGGGGGGCUUGAUCACCAAGUCGCAACCCAUGGUGCUCCAGUUGUUGUCGCCCCCUAAUUUUUAAGUCUUUGUCUUUGUUUGUAUUGAAGCCUGUGUCAUUCCACAUUGUGCACAUCAAUGUAAAAUCAAGAUAACACACCCUGACAUACAUUUAAAAGCCAGCCAUAGAAAAGGAGGUGACACUUGUGUCUCUCCUCACGCCCCUGCUAUUUCAAUCUGUUUAUACAUCCUCCACACAGACCAUAUAUAGCCAUUGAAGGGUAUUUCAACUAUGCCCUAACAACUUUCAGAAUGCCUUUUCAUUGACUGUUUUCCUUUAAGAGCAUUGAUAUAAAAAUCUGAAAGCUCUGAGUCCAGGUGGGCUUUAUCUGCCAGGUCUUUUCAGAUCCGUGGAUCAAAGUCGCAGAAGCUACUGAGAAAAAUUGGUACCAUGCAGGGGAAGGAAAAUGUCCUGGAAAAACAUGAAAUGGUCAAAUAUGAACUAAAAUGAGUGAUGCAUGGUUAUCCUUGAACAAAAACUGUUGGGACCUCUGGACUAGUCACUGUGUGCAGCAACACAACUGAGCACAAGGUUACUAUUUAAAUCCAAACUGCUGCUAAUGUAUAUCUGGCUAAAAAAUUGAAAAGGGAAUAUGCAGAAAUCCAUUUGUGUUUCUGUGUUUUACUGCCUCUCUACACAUGGAAAUGAAUUUGAAUGCCAAAAACCAAGCAUUUUGUUGUAUAAUUCAGUACUAAUAACACUAGUAGUGAGAAGAUUUUAAAAGUGAUUUUUUUGUUUUGAUAUGAUGAAUAAAUGUUUCAGAAUUGUAUAUAAAAUGUAGGAUUUCACAGCAAUCUUCAGGUUCACUUUAUGUCAAUGUGUUACAAAACGAGCCUGAGAUUUGUGUAAAGGUUUACAGUAUACUUUUGAUUGCAGGAGGAAAUGCAAUGUUCAUGCUUCAGCAAAGUCAAGCAGUCUCCACUAAUGAUACAGAAACAUUACAAGUCUUUAAUUCUAUCUGCAUAUCGUACUGAAUUGAAGAGGUGGAGGACUGCAGGCUACCAGAGAAGUCAAAACAUUGCACAACAAGGUUGGAAAUGCCCUCUAUCAUUCUGUUCUGUAUCAUUCUGACAGUGUUACAAACUGAUUCCAAAAUGAUGUUGUUCAAAAAUGUGCAAAAUGAUGUAAAUAUAUAUCCCUUUUUUUAGAUGAAAAUAAAGAUGAGUCAUUAUCCAAACCAA